AUGAUAUCAUCUAGAUCUACUUUAAAAAAUUUGAUCUUCUAAGCCUAAAAGGAAUUGAUAUCCUCAAAAUACUAUCUCAAUUCCUAAUGGCAGAGCUAAACAUUUACUUGUUAUGAAAAUAUGGAGUAUAUAGAAUAACAUUUUUAUUCUAGAAGAUUAAGAGAAAGUCAGUUGUUAUAUCAAUUGUAAGGAUAACUUGAAUUUAUAGGAAAAUUAGCAUAGAAUGUUAUAGCGAAAGUAAUAUAUGAAAGAUAAUGA